GGCACUCCAGUUACCAAGAAAGUAAAGGACUGCCAAAUUGAAUUUGCAAUAACAAAACUCAACUUGAUUGAUGUAAAUACGAAGACAACAACUUUAGAGCAUAUGAUUCCCUGUCUCUCUCUCUCUCUUGUGCGGCUGUGCCUUUACUUUCUUCCCUUUGAUCCCAGCUCCUGUUUGUUCACUCUAAACCAUUUUAUGAUCACACUAUGCCCUGCUCUCCUUGUCUCUUUCACUGCUUUAUCUCCCAAAAAGCUUUUCUACUGAUUAACAUGUAAAAAGGAGUUGCGAAACAGUCUGUGGGUCUCCUACUUAAGUGGGUUCUUCCAAAAUGCAAAGCUUACUCCUUCACACUUGAGCAUUUUGUUCGUUUUUUCGUGCUCUACUCUUGAGAGUGCUAUGAUGAGAAAUUGGCUUCCUUUGGCACUCAUUUUGGUGGUUCUUUUUGGUGGGUUUUCUUCAGCUUCAGCCGCACAUCCUGCAAAAAUUGUAAGUGGGAUUGUCUCCAAUGUGGUCUCUGCGCUUGUUAAGUGGCUGUGGUCACAGAAAUUCGUCACCAACGCAGCGGUUCCUAGCCGUUCGAUGAUGAAAUUUGAGGGUGGAUUUACGGUGGAGACGGUGUUCGAUGGCAGUAAGCUUGGAAUUGAACCAUACUCUGUCGACGUUUCUCCAAGUGGGGAGCUUCUGGUUUUGGACUCUGAAAACAGUAAUAUCUACAAGAUCUCAACCCCAUUGUCUCGUUAUAGCCGUCCCAAGCUGGUUGCUGGAUCACCUGAAGGUUAUUCUGGGUAUGUAGAUGGGAAGCCAAGAGAGGCAAGAGUGAACCAUCCAAAAGGGCUUACAGUGGAUGACAGAGGAAACAUUUACAUUGCAGACACGCUCAACAUGGCUAUCAGGAAGAUCUCUGAUUCAGGGGUUACAACUAUUGCAGGUGGAAAAUGGGGUCGAGGAGGAGGUCAUGUUGAUGGUCCAAGUGAAGAUGCAAAAUUUUCAGACGAUUUUGAUGUGGUUUAUGUUGGAGCUAGCUGCUCUCUUUUGGUUAUAGACAGAGGAAACCAGGCAAUUCGAGAGAUCCAACUCAAUGAUGAGGACUGUUCUUCCCAGUAUGAUGGUAGUUUCCAUUUAGGGAUGGCAGUGCUUGUUGCAGCUGGAUUUUUCGGUUACAUGCUGGCAUUGCUGCAGCGAAGGGUGCGAGCAAUGUUUUCAUCCACAGAUGAUUCAAGAACUCCUGUAAGGAAAGGUUCACCAGUGGCACCAUAUCAGAAGCCUCCUAAAUCGGUCAGGCCCCCCUUGAUUCCAUCUGAAGAUGAAACUGAGAGAGCAGAAGAGGGAUUCUUUGGUUCACUUGGAAAGCUUGUCCUCAACACCAGCACUUCGGUAGCUGAAAUAUUUGGGGGAUUAUUUUCAGGCUCUAGAAGAAAGCCCCUCAUCUAUAAUCAGCAAUACGAACAACUGAACACACAGUCAAAUCCGUGGCCCAUGCAAGAGAGCUAUGUGAUACCAGACGAAGAUGAGCCACCAACAUUAGAAACUAGACCACCAACACCAAAGAAAACAUACCCUUUUAUGACCAAGGACCUGGAAAGGAGCCAGCAUAUCAAGCAAAGCCGGGUUUACCAUAAUGGAUGGGAUGGUGAUUAUCGCCAACAGCAGCAGCAUAUGCAGCAUCAGCUGCAACAGCAACAUAUGCAGCAACAGCUACAACAGCAACAUAUGAAGCAUCAGCAACAACAGCAACAUAUGCAGCAGCAGCAACAGCAACAGCAGCAUCAUCACAGGCAUUUUUCAUCUGGCCCGCAAACUUACUAUGAGAAAAACUGUGAAACAAAUGAGAUAGUCUUUGGGGCCGUUCAAGAACACGAUGGACGGCGAGAAGCCGUGGUAAUAAAGGCCGUUGAUUAUGGAGAUCCUAUCUAUAAUCACCAUAAUAUUCGAUCCCGAAUCAAUUACAUGGGUUACUCUCAGGGCUAUCCAUCAUCUAAUGCUACAUAUUAGCUAAGGGAUUGUAAACUUAAUAUGUGAGAUAUGAAGGUGGAAAUGGUUAAAAAUGGAUGUAAGAGGAGGCGUGCUCGUUUUUCAUAUUUACUCUCUUAGGGGUAAUGUUAGUUCUCCAAGGUUUCAUAUCGAUAGAAGGAAGUACAAGAGUGUAAUAUUCAUCUCUAUUUUAUUUUUACUAAAAAUCAAGAAUAUCGAGCUAGUUUUAUGGGAGUGUUAGAAAGCUUUUAUAUAUGUAGUUUUUUUA